AUGGACUCGAAUCACGAGGAGACAGACUCUCCAGAAGCAGUGCAAAAUGAAAUUGACGAGUUGGAACGUCGUCUGGCCGCCGCCAAGGCACGGCUAAGCAUCCCGUCCGCAAAGCCAGUUAAACCACCCUCCCCUCAAUGUAAGUCACCACUCAACUCACCAACCCACUUCCUCCUCCUCCUAUCGGACUCACAGCUCCCCAUCGGGUCAUUCGCCUUCAGCAGCGGCCUAGAAUCAUACCUCGCGCACAACCGCCGCGCCACAUUCUCCUCCUUCCUCCCUCUCUCGCUCUCCUCGUACGCCGCCACAACACUGCCCUUUGUGCUGGCGGCAUAUCGCGACCCGUCGUCCCUCAUCGACCUAGACGACCAGCUGGAUGCAGCGGUAAUAUGUACCGUCGGCCGACGGGCCAGCGUCUCACAGGGCCGCGCGCUCUUAUCCAUCUGGGAACGCUCCUUUCGAAGCACACUGCCCAAGGACGCAGACCUGCCUGUGCUCCGCGAGUUCGCUACCCUGUUGAAGGAUGGGAAUGGGGAUCAGGUGCCGCCAGUUUCGGCGCAUCUGGCCCCGCUCUUUGGGGUGAUUUGUGCGAUUGUGGGCUUGACGCUCCGGCAGACGGCGUACAUGUACAUGGUGAGCCAUCUCAAGGCGCUGGUGUCGGCGGCGGUGAGGGCGAGCAUGUUUGGGCCAUAUCAGGCGCAGAAGGUGUUGGCUGGGGAGCAGGCGCAGCGGUGGAUUGGGGAUGUGAUUGAUAGAGAGUGGGAGACGCGGGUUGAGGAGGCGGGACAGACUGUGCCGGUGAUGGAUUUGUGGAUUGGGCGGCAUGAAGUUCUUUACUCGAGGAUCUUUAAUAGUUGA